AAUUUAUCGUCGCGACUCGACCAUCAAAUAGCUGAUCCGAAACUCCUGUAGCAGGCGCGACUCAGCUUAUCUACCUAUGGAAUCCGAUUGACCAUACUUCACCCUCACAACUGAUAAACAUGACCGUGUCGUAGGCAGUCAGUACUGAGGUGGCGCGUCAGGUGAUUGUGUAGUUCGUCACGCAACAAUUCCCCUGCCGACCACAGCAUUCGCUUACGCCCGUGUUCAGAGACUCGCGCUACCUGGACCAGUCCAACGCGCAAUGAAGCCGGCAACAGCCUGCCUUCAAUGCAGGAGUAGCAAAAGAAAGUGCUUGCGGAAUCUCGCAGAUCCACAAGCAGCCUGUCUUGCCUGUCAAGGCCGGAAGGACAGGUGUUCAAAGCCCUGGAUCAAGCCGAGGUCUAAUCUGCCGGUACCAUGGACGGUGCCUAAGCUACAACCGGCUCCAUCAGAACAAGGGCCCUUCGUGAACUACAACGAUGAAGCUCCUUUGGCCACUGAGACCAGUGGGUUCAUUCGAUUGUAUUUUCGUUACAUCCACGAUCGACCUCACAGCCUCUUUCAUGAGCAGUCCCUGUGGAAAGCAGUCAACAAUGGCGCCUUACCUGAAAGCCUAUCUACCGCGAUCUGCGCUCUUGGCUGCCGAUUUGCUGCAACAGCAAGUCAACGAGACCUUGUCUCUACCUUUAUGACAAGAUCGAAAUGUUUGCUCGCCCAACAGCUUGAGGAUAUCUCGGUCGCAAAUAUACAAACGUGCAUUCUUUUGGCCAACAGCUAUGCAGCAGAGCAAAAUAACAGAUUGGAGGCUCUGUAUUUCGGUAUCGCCAAUCGCAUGGCAUAUGUUCUAGGACUCCACCAAAGGGACCGGAACGACACUUCCAUCGUGCGGGAGACGAAGUCGCGUGUGUGGUGGUCUCUCUUCAUGGCGGACAGAUGGUGUCCACCUAGCCUUGGCUUGCCGCGCGAGCUAAUCCGAUCGAAUCCUACCGUUGACCUACCCAUAGACGAAGUCGUUUUUCAAAGCCUUCGUUUAUCAAACGACGUUGCACUCACACAGCGCAGCACAGGCAUCUGGACAUACAAGACCACCCUGGCCGAUAUCUUGACCUCCAUUCAGGAUGUCAAUCUCACUCUCGUUCGGGAUAGUGUGGCCAGCUCCGUGAUCGAUCAGCAGGUAGAAGAAAUUGCCGAUCGUUUGCUGACUUGGCAACGCUCACUACCCCAGCAUAUGGUCAUGAGUGACGAAAAUCUUGAGAAGCAUAGGGAGAAUGGACAAGGUGGUACUUUUGUCGCACUUCAUCUUGGCUACCAUCACUAUUCGACGCUACUCUACUUCCAAUAUCUCGAACCAGAUCGCGAGCCUACUGAUCAGACUAUAGCGUACGCGAGCAGGUGCAGCUUUCACGGUCUGGCAAUCAGUCGACUCCUUCACAACGCUCGACAGUUCGAUGACUGUCAUGUCGUGUACUUGACCGUCGCCCACAUGUUGAUUGUUUCAUCCUCAGUUCUCUUGCACAUAUUGCUCCUCGGAGACGAUGUCGAAGUGGAGACCGCUCGAAUGCAACUCACGCUCAACUUCCAAGCCUUGGAAGAUUUGACCCGAUACUGGCCUUGCGUGGAGCAUAUGAAGAAGCGUUUGUUUGUUUUCCAGGACGCUUGUCUUCGCUCUUCCGCAGCAAAGACCUAUGCGGUUGACCGGUGGAUCGUAAGGUUCUUGCUAGAAUACGGGCUUCCUCUGGAAGAGAAGAGCGACGAUGUUAGCGCGAAAGAGGCCCCUCUCACCAAACAACACGAAAACGCCGUCUCUUUGGAACGAAGAGCUUUUCUUGGCGAAGCGCUCGAGAGCGUGCGUGGGUGAUGUGGUCUGCGCGCGGCCUACAUGUGACCGAUACCAUAAGCUUAGCAUACAGGCCUACACGAUGUUAGGUGCGCAUUGCGGG